AUGGUAGACAAGGGACUGGAGGCUGAACACAGGGUUUCCUGCAUUUUGGUUUAUUACAUUUCUGUCUACAUGAUGAUGGUCGGCAUGAUAUCAAUUUAUAUUUCGAAACCCUACAAGUGGCCGGUCUAUAGAUUUUCGGUGGACAUGGGCCGCUGCUGUUCGGACAAGGUGGGGCACGGCAAGGUGGCGGAGUCCAUUCCAACAUUAGCUCAUUCCUUGCUAAUGGUGCUCCAGUCAUUUUACGAAUCACCAGCUCAAAGACACCUCGACGCGGAUUGUUUACAG